CGGUAUACUAACUGCGGACCGGUCGAUACUUCGUCUAUUGCGAACUCUUCGCGAAUCCCGAGCUGCAACGUUGAGUCAAGCGUUUAUGAACAUGGGGCAGCCAAGUUACCCGUAGUUGGAUCUGGAUCUCAUAUCACGAAGCCCACGAUGCACCACGAAGGCAAUAGUGACGCCAAACAUUUAUCGCCAGCGAGAUUGAUGCCCCAUGAUACCACUGCACAAACCCGCAAAUCAAGAGUUGCUAACCUAGUGGCACAUGAUGCCAUCAACGAAGAGCCCACAAAUGGCAACAGUCCGGAAGCUCGCAUUUUAGAUCAUAAUCACGAGGCAUCAGUUGAGAAGGAGAAGUUGCAGUCCUUUGCGCCAGAACUUGGCAUGCCCAGUCCACACUCAGAGUUGCUAGAACCCUCAUCCACGAAUACCAGCAAUAUCACGAGCCCCAGAAAUUCCCCUCUUGGAGCAUCACGCCACUCGAGUACCCCAGCUUCAUUAUCAUCAGAUCCAGGGGGCAUUCCACCCUUGUCCAGAGCGACCGUCGUUAAACAUCCAAAGGUCCGGAAGACUGUGAGCAGCUCGAGGAGCAAAGCUAAUAUUUCAAAGCAAAAUAAAGACCAGAAAAAUAAAGGAAAAUCAGCGCUCGUUACUCCUUUAGAAUAUGCGCAGAAGUUGAAUUUUGACUUGCCAAAGAAGCGCAAGUCUGAUUACCUCAAGGGAAAACAAAUACUGUAUGUCGGUGGGGACAUGCAGUAUGCAGGCGUCCUGACGCGUGGUCGCAUGGACUACAUCAUCAAGCAUGGUGGCACCUUGGUACCAUCGUACGACCCUACUACCGUAACUCACAUCGUGACGGAUGCGACAACUCGCCCGACCCUGAAAGCCCUCGGACUAAAAUCGUUGAAAGAGAUCCCUGACAAUAUCCCAACGGUCACUUGGAGUUGGGUGAUAUCCGGGUACGGUCGUUUGGGCUACAACAAGCUCAGGGGCAAACACGAUGAGGAAGCAAAUGAUACGAAAGGCAAGGCUAACGCCAUAGAUGAUGAUGAAAGCCUUCUCGAUUUCGAAUUUCUACACGCGGCAUUCCCUCAACGCAUCCAUGCCGGCAGAAGCUGGCAGAAGAGAGGACAGGGAAAUUUGGUUCAAACAAAGGCACAAGUAACCGCCUCUACGGACGAUCUUGGUGGAGAUUUCCACAUUUCCUCCUUGACUGAAGAUCAUCUAACUAAAAAUCAACAGCCCCUAGCGCCAAAGCUAGUGGUUCUUCCUCCUGCACCCCUCACAUUUGUUCCCACGGGGAAAGCUUCCAGCACAGCCCAUAAUAAUAAUAACCAAAGCAAUCACAAGCCACAGUCUAAUACAGAAGACCCUCUUGCUGAAUUUUACGAGAAAGCGAGGGCUGAACGAGAACAAGCUAGAGGUCUUGGACAAAGCGAAACCGACGAGAGCGAUCAAGAAGAAGAGUUUUCGAAACCAGCACAUGUUCCACGGCGGGGUUUUACGUGCGACCGAAAGGAACCUGAGCAGCGCAAAUGCAUGAAUCAAGAUAUCAUUGAAAAGCUGGAGGAACUUAUGGAGUUGCACAAGGCAAAACUAGGUGAAGAUGAUCGUUGGCGAGUGUACAGCUACUCGAAAUGUAUUCGUGCCUUGCGCAAUUAUCCAAAGAAAAUCAAAUCAUUCAAUGAGGCCCGGUCAAUCACGGGCGUCGGUGAGAAGACUGCCCGAAAGAUCAUGGAAAUCAUCGAAACCGGUGAUUUGAGACGCAUUGGCUACGAAAAAACGGAUGACGUCGAAGCCAUUAACUUAUUUCAGGGGAUAUAUGGAGUCGGCCGACAAAUAGCUUACAUGUGGUAUACUAACGGAUGUCGGACGCUAGAUGAUGUUCGAGCUCGGAAAGGUGGCAUUAAAUUAUCUCACGUGCAGGAAGUUGGUUUACAAUUCCAUGAUGAUAUCAAUGAUAGAAUGCCACGCAGUGAAGCAGAGAGUAUCUUCAACUUGAUUAGACCCAUUGCUCUCGAGCUCGACGAGCACCUUUACAUUGAUAUCAUGGGUAGUUUUAGAAGGGGCAAAGCUACUUGUGGCGACAUUGAUAUCAUAGUGACUCGACCAACCUCAGAUGGGAUAACCCAUGCAGGUCUUCUUCCGGAGCUGCUCGCCCGUCUGCAUGCUGCAAAGAUCCUGACAGAGGAUUUGGCAUUGCCUGAUGAUUUUUCCGCUCUCGAAUUAUGUUAUCGUGGAUUGUGUAAGCGUCCCGAACCGGAUGCAAAGCGCCGACGCAUCGAUAUCUUAUGUGUUCCUUGGGAGAACAGAGGAGCAGCCCUCCUUUACUACACGGGCGACGACAUUUUCAAUCGGGCCAUGAGAAUGAAGGCAAAUGUUCUCGGGUAUUCUCUCAAUCAACGAGGUUUGUAUGGAGGCGUGGUUCGAGACCCCUGGAACAGACGUGUCAAGAUUUCUGAAGGCAACAUUGUUGCGUCUGAGACGGAAGAAGAAAUAUUUAAAAUUCUAGGGGUACCAUGGCAGGAGCCGCAUGAACGUGUACGGGGUUGAAGUGAUGCAGUUGAGCUCUUGAACUUUACGCCCUGAAUGAGGUUGAUGAACUUCCGUGACUCGUACUCGAUGUUACCAGAAGACGGGUAAAGGGAUC